AUGGACGGAGGUGGUCCUCCGACGGCGCUGUCUCACCGGUUCACUCUCGAACUCGAAUUCGUGCUAUGCCUGUCAAAUCCGCUGUACCUCCAAUAUCUGGCCUUGAAUUUUCCCCAUCUACUCAACAAGCCGGCAACGUCACAAAACCCGACUGAGGCCGACAAUUCGGACGCAGCGCGAUUCGCGAGGUACCUCAAGUAUCUCUACAAUUAUUGGCGAACGCCGGAGUAUGCCAAGUAUCUCACUCACCCAGGAGCCACGCUUCGGAAUCUCGAAUUGCUCCAGCAAGAGCAGUUUCGGAAGGACAUCAUACGGCCGGAUGUCAUCGCAAAACUCUUCGAAACAGAUGUCGCACAGCAGGAUGCACCAGACGUGACCGAUGAAAAAGAUCCGUCUACGCAGCAAGUCUCUGGAGAUGCUGGACAUUAG